AUGGAUCGUAUAGAGCCGGUGGAAGGCCCUCAGGAUCCUGAAGGCCAGCAAACAUCGUCGUCGUCUAGACAAACGUCAGCACAGCCCACCCGCCCGCGCGCCUUAUCAUCCCGUACCCGCCGCCCGACUAUCCGCCUCUCGCGCCUACCGUCCUACACCUUGGACCAGGUUCCCACGCAAGCCCAGAGAGGUUUCGAUACUACGGGGACAAAUGAUAAUCGACCUGCGAACGUGAAUGCCUCCAGCUCGAAUCUCGCCUCGCCCACGGCUUCCCAGGCUGUCGACGACACAUGGCAGGCAAACCGCCGUCGCAGCAGCUCCGAACCCCAUCGGGGGCGAUAUUCAACGGCACCAAGUCCUAAUGCCAUUCCGAGAUUCACGCCGAGCGGCCAGGUGCUUUCCCGGGUAGAGGAAUCGAAUCAAUCUCCUAUCGGCGCCACCGUCUCGAACCCGCCACUGCCGCCGGAGGAUCCCCAGGCAAUUCCUAAUACUCCGAUGCAAAGGAGGGGAAGCCGUAACCUUUUACGAUGGACAAGUGAAGCGGCUCUCAAUCGCUUCUCUAGAAACCGAGUAAAUGAGGACGGAACCCAACCGGACGUCCCGGAGGAUGAUUCAGUGUACCACUCUCACAUCGUCGAUGUGUUGGACGUUAUCGAUCCUCAAGUAUCUGCUCUGUCAACCCUUACAAAUGUUCAGAACUCGCUCUUCGUGCCAAACCUGGGCCCUUUGCUGAAUCGCAACCAAACCUAUACUCUGUCGCCUCCCAGAGAAUCAUCGGAAGAGGAGGAAACCACCACCACCGAUGAAGGCGAAGAUGCGACCGAUGAGAAGGAUCACCCGCAACGUCCGCCGCUCUACCGUCCGCUCACCAGACUCUCCGCCGUGCUCGAGAAACAAGACACUCGAUUUGCCGUGCUCCCCGAAGGCAGCAAUCUCGAAGGGUGGACUGAACGGGAUAUAGAGGAGUUGAAUGAUCACGUACGGCAUAUGCUGCAUUCGCGACGAUCCAAGUUCAAGCGUUCGAUGAAGGGAUUCGGAAAAUACGUGUCUAAGCCACUCGGGUUUCUCAUCACUCUCUAUGCGACUUUGAUCACGCUUUUUGGACUUGCUUGGGUUCUUUUCCUGAUUGGCUGGAUCAAUGUUGGAGGACGACAGCUCUAUAUCAUCAAUGUCAUCGACAACGUCCUUGUGGCCCUGUUCGCAAUCAUGGGAGAUGGAUUGGCCCCGUUCCGGGCCAUCGAUACAUAUCACAUGAUCUUUAUCGCGCACUACACGUUCCUGACCUGGAAAAUUCGCCGCAAGCGCCGCCUCCCCGACCUCAAGGACAAGAACGACCUCCCGUCGCGACGCGAGAUGGAUGUCGACGUCGAGUUUGGGGACACCCCUAAGGACGAAGAGCACGAAUUCUCCGUCCUAAACCGUCUCCAGCAGCAGAAACUCAUACACCAUCAGAACAAACUGUCCCGAUCGCAUACAUUCUACAAGCCUCACGAGACGCUGACCCACCAUGCCUUCCCUCUCCGCAUCCUGAUCACCGUCGUUGUCUUGCUGGACUGCCAUUCGUUGCUCCAGAUUGCUCUUGGCGCCUGUACGUGGGGUAUCAAUUACCAUGUCCGGCCCUUCGCUCUAACCACCGUCAUCCUCUGUUGCUCCAUUACCUGCAAUAUCAGCGGUGGUGUCUUCAUCAUGAUCGGAGAUCGCAGAUCGCGGAAGAGAGACGUCGUGGAACGAUUGUUCCGGGAGAAACUGACCAGCGAAGCAAUGAAGAAAAUCAACAAGAAGAAAAAGAAGGCCGAGGAACGGAUUGCUGAGGAAACUGGCGAAGACCCGCCGCGAAUGUCCACCGCAUCGGCACGUCCUCAACCGUACGACGGCACUUGA